UUACGUCGCGCCGCGACAAAUAGAAGUUGAGCGUCGUAUCGUGGUCGUGUUUUCGGUAUUGUCGUGCAAAUGGCGGUUGUCGCGGUGUUUUGUGUGAUGUUUGUCCGAAAUUAACAUCGUUAUAUUAUUAACGCAGUGUUCGGCAAUCAAGAGAGUGCGAUAGAACAAAUUGGUGCCGCGAUCGCGGAUCGUUUAUAGCCAUGGUGAAGCUGCUAAAGAAGUUCUUCUCCGGUGACAAGGUGUUUGCAAAAGUUCGAGGUUAUCCGCCAUGGCCAGCCAGAGUUGAAAAAGUUAGUGACCCGAAUUCCAAAAAUACUAGAUACAAUGUUUACUUUUACGGUACAGGAGAAACAGCUGUUUGCAAAGUUGAAGAGUUGCACUCUUAUGUCGAGAACAAAGCAAAGUUUUGCAAACCUAGUCGACGAAAGUUCUUUCAUGAGGGUAUACAGCAACUUGAACAAGAACUUAAGAAUGACAGGAAUAAGCCCUUGGCAGAUCUUGCUGCUAUUAAAGGAGGUCCUGUGACUAUAGAUUUGCCAAGUAUCAGUGCUGCAGACAGUGAUAUGGACUCUGGUUCCUUAAUAAUAGACGAAGGGGAGAAAAAGAAAUCCUUGAAAAGAAAAACUGUUACAUCUGCCUCUAACACUCCUGAUGUACCAGAAAAGAAGAAACGUGGUAGAGGAAAAGCCUCAAGUGAUGCAUCGAAACAAGAAGCUGCUCUAGAUUCACAGGGCGAGGAAUCGCCUAAAGAAGUAGUUAGUCGCAGUGGUCGCAAGAUUAAACCAAAACGCUUUGCAGAUUUUUCAAGCUCAGAUGAAACGGAAACCAAUAUAGAACAUUCUGGACGAGGUCGUAAACCGAAAAAUGAAGAUUCUAAUGAACAUCAAACAACACCAAAUGUGAUGCAUAAAAAAAGAGCUGCAAUUGAAAAAAGAAAUAAUGUCGGUGAGGAAUCGAUACUUGAUGGAACCGUAGUAUCGAAUACUGCUGCAUCUUCAAGUCGUGUCCUCUUAGCACGUACAUAUUCUGGGGAACACGUGGGCAUUAAGCUAGAUGUAAACAGGCCGAAAUCUUUUGAAAGUGAAAAAGCUCGUGCACAAUGGGAUUGGUCAACUGCAAGAAAUGCUAUGAAAUUGAAAGCACAAUUAGAGGUUGGUGAGAUAUUGCCAGAACAAGUGAAGGAUUCUCUUGAUUUUAAUGUACCCGUACCAGAAGAUGAGAAACCUCUAACAAAAGAAGGGUCUGUGCAUCGCAAAACAUAUAAACUGAGGUGGCUUCGUAUAGAGGCUCAAUUGCUGCAAUUAGAUGCUCAAAUAAAAUCUAAUUUGGGAUUGGAUCGAGCCAAUACAGAUAAAUGCUUACAAGCGAUGGACGAUAUCUUGGCUCUUUCCAUUGAUCCUUUAAUGCUGAAGAAACAUCCACAUAUUGUGGAAACAGUGAAAAGGCUCCGACGAUAUAUUGGCAACUUAGGGGAAUGGAAACUUAAUGAAGAAGAAGGGGCUAUCUUUAAACAAAAAGCAGAGCAGAUUAGACAAAAAGCUGAACACAUAUAUAACAAGUAUAAGGCUAUGUUUACCAUACCCGAAGGUCAGUCAUUUUGGCAAUCAUUUUCAAAUCAAGUGUUCCACUUCAAAGAAUUAACAAAAAAUAUGCCCGAAGAAAAAGUUUUUUCAUUGAUGUCAGAUCCUGCCAUUCAAGAUGCAGGUAGAUCGGAAGAUUCGCCUGCAGAUGGUAGUCAACCGGAUACAGAUGUAGCAACUGAAGCAGAACCGGUAGUAGAACCAGAAGCAGAACCUGAACCAGAACCGAAAGCAGAAGCAGAAUCGGUAGCACAACCACAAGAAACUGAAACAGAGUCAGAAUCGAUUACCAAAACGAAAGUAGGAGUGUUUACUAGAAGUGAGAGUCCUAAAAAUGAGGAAGCCAAGUAACAAAUGUUUUGUGGUUAAUGUGACUUUACUGGUAAUAUUAACCUUUGCUUAUUUUCUUAUAUUACGGUAUUAAAAAAGAAUUUAUAACUGAAAUAUAUCGUUCGCAUUCACAAAGCACUAUUUGAAUUAUUAUUUGUAAUUUUCUUCUUGAUUGAUACAUCUUAUUUUAUGUGUUAUUGCAAUUUUUAGAUAUUUUAAUGACACAUUUAGAAAUGUAGCUGCAACAAUAUUUUUGAAAGAAACAAAAAUAAAAUUUAUGAAAAUUAAAUGUUUUGUGUGUAUUCGGUGAAAAUAAUGUACUAUUAUCACAAUUAAAUAGUGUUGAAAAGUAUGAAUUAUUCAUAUAUACAUUACAUAAAACAUGAUUACGUGGAUAUACAAUGGAUAUAGUAUAAAAAUUUAACAAAAAAAAAACAGCAGAUUAGCGCAAUACGCUAUUUACUUAUUUGAAUUAUAUGAAAUCUUGAUAUUUCGCAUUACGUAAUAAAAGUGUAAAACAAAAAUUAUAUUACUAUUCUUAUGAUUAUGUAAAUUAGUAUUAUAAAUUAGUCAUACUAUAUUCCCAAUUAACAAUAAUUAUAAAAUAACUGUGAAUGCGAUCGAUAUCACUUUUACUCGUUUACAUGUGAAAAUUAAUUUCUGGAAUAAGCCAGAGUGUGUUAUAUUUUAUUUCACGAGUUUGUGAGUAAAUAAUACAUUUAUAUCAUCACAAUAUGCUCACAUUAUCACUUGAUACAAUAUCUACAAUCACUGAAUGCGCAAUGCAAACAGGCAAAUAUUUACUGUCAAAUAUUACAGAGCAAAGGUGACUGACAGUAAAUGAAAAUAGGAUGAGACGUAUAGUAUUUUACUUGACAGUAAAAUAAAACUGUCAUGUAUUGAAAUACUAGUCUUUGUAUAUUCGGCCAGUGCCAUGGAAAAAAAUCUUGUAAAAAACACAUAAAUACUGUUACUCUCACACAAAACUUAUUUACUUAUGUAGUUAUUAUAAUUAAUGUCAGCAAUGAACAACGUAUUGCAUAAAAAUUAUAAUGUAAUGAAUCAUUCAGAAAUAGUUCUUCGCUGGAAGUUUUUCGCUUUUAUCGUAUGUUAAAAGUUUUUCUUUCUGUUACAUGAAAACAACUUUU